ACUCACUGAUCUUUGCACGACGCUUCAUGUGAGCGUACUGGGUAUUUUUUUCUUCUUUAUUUUCAGAGUAAGCUGUCAUAGCAUCGUAAACAGCAUCCCAAAGCAAUAGAUGCAAACAGCGACUGCGGUGACGUGGUGACCACCGCGCGCUGAUGAGAAUGCACCCGCUUCGGCGAUGCUACCUCCGGGGAGUCUCCUCAGAGCUGGCGCUAAAUGGACUGAAGAGCCUCGCGGGGAGGUCCCGUUGGUGGACCGUGGGUCUGUGUGAGUCUUGGACCUGUCUCCUAUGUUGACAUCGCUAGACAUCGAGCCUAAAUCAACAGAGAGACGGGAGGACUGAUGAUGCCAGGGGUGACGGUGACCGGAGAGACACCCACAUUGAACGGGGGCGGAAGAGAGGAGCAGCGGCCCCUGAAGCAGUCCCUGGGCGGCUCGCUGUGUCGGGAGUCGCACUGGAAAUGCCUGCUGCUGACGCUGCUGAUGAUCGGCUGCUUCUGCACGCUGGGCUGGUGCUCUCUGUACCGCGUGGCCGUCAUGGCGGCCGACGACCAAGGCCACGCCUACUUCUACGGCGACGCGGCGCGCGUCUACCUGGACAGCCCGUGCUCCAACGGCUACGUCUACAUCCCCGUGGCCUUCCUGGCCAUGCUCUACAUCGUCUACCUGGUGGAGUGCUGGCACUGCUACUCCAAGACGGCGCACCUGCCGCAGGUGGAGACGGCGCAGGUGUACGAGCGUGUGCAGCGGCUGCAGCAGGCCACACCCUGCAUCUGGUGGAAGGCCAUCAGCUACCACUACGUGCGCCGCACACGCCAGGUCACACGCUACCGCAACGGAGACGCAUACACCACCACGCAGGUGUAUCACGAGCGGGUGAACACGCACGCGUCCAGCUGUGAGUUUGACUACUCGGGCCACGGGGUGAAGGACGUCUCCAAGCAGCUGCAGGGUCUGCGGGAGCAUCCGGCCGUGCGCCUCCGCUUCACCAAGUGCUUCAGCUUCGCCAGCGCGCGCGCCGAGAGCGCCUACCUCACGCAGCGCGCGCGCUUCUUCAGCGACAACGAGGGCCUGGACGACUACAUGGAGGCGCGCGAGGGCAUGCACCUGAAGAACGUGGACUUCCGCGAGCACGUGCUGGCCUUCCCCGAGCCCGCGCGCCGGCCCUGGUUCUCGCGCCGCGGCGUCUUCUGGCUGGCGUCGGCGCUGCUGUGCUCGUGGCCGCUGCGCGUGGCGGCCGAGUACCGCACCGCGUACGUCCACUACCACGUGGAGAAGCUGUUCGGCGAGAACGAGGAAGCCGACGAGCGCGACGACGGCGGCAGCGAGGGCGAGCCCCGGCACCUCUCGGGGCUGGAGAACGGCGGGCGCGGCCGCGGCGGUCCCACGCUGCGCGUCAUCUCGCGCGUCAACACCGUGGACAUCACCGAGCUGGAGUGGCACAUCCGCUGCAACCAGCAGAUGGUGCCCAGCUACUCGGAGGCGCUGCUCAUGGACCUGGACCUGGCCAGCGGCGGGGGCAGUGCCAGUGCGGGCAGUGGCGGCUGUACCCCCCGCGCCAACGGUCCCGCCAGGCAGCGGCGCCGCCACUCCAGCUACCUGCUGCAGAGCUGCCCGCGCUGCCACCGCUCCAGCAGCAGCUCCUCGCUGCCCUCGCGCGUGCGCGGCAACGUGGCCAUGGGCGCCGGCUCGCUGCCCUGCGCGGUGGGCGCGGUGAUGGCGGCCGGAGGGGCGGGCGGGGUCGGAGGUCGCCUGGGGCUCAGCCGCAGCGGCUUCUCCCUGGGACGCCUCCACGCCGUGCGCCAGCGCCGGCCCUGCCUCUUCCACUCCCGCAGCCUGGGGGGAGGCGCGGGCGGCCGGGCCAGCGAGGGCGGAGGGUUCCUGGGCCUGGGGUUCCGCGCGGCGGACGAGGAGAGACGGGGCGUGCAGUAG